AUGGCUGAGGACCUAGAAGCUGCAGUCCGACUCCUUGUACCUACCCUGGGAUACAGCGGGUGUCUGGAAGACUUCUCCAACGCUUCCCUCAUCGCUCUCAGAGACGAGCUAGACCGGCUGCCUGGGCUGCUUCCCAGGCUCUACAGGACAUGGUCUCUCAAGGCUCAUCCGGACAAGGGGGGAAACGAGGAGACGUUCAAGCGAGUGACGGAGGCGAAGGACAACCUCCCGAGGCUGCUGUCGAGGAGGAUCGAGGAGAUGGAGGGACAGAAGCAUGCCGAGACCCAGCGGAGGAUGGCUGAGCGGAUACGGGAGAGGAGGCGAGUACAGGCGGUGGAGCAAGGGGAGGCGAAGGCGAGGGAGCAUGGGAAGCGAGCGGUAGGGGAGGCGUUGCAGCAUUGGAUGGGGGCGACGAGGGUAGAGAGGAGGGUGUACAAGAAGGCGUGCGAGGCAGGGCGGAGGGCAAUGAUGCGAUGGAUGAGAAUGCUGCAUAGGCCAUCCCAGCAGGAGCGACAAUGCACAGCAUUGGUUGAAAGAGACGCUGGUACCAGUGAGGUGAAGAGUGCACAGGCCUGCGGUCAAGAGAUGUCACGUGGGAGCUCAUUCCGCAAGGAGGCAGAGAGGAGCAAGGCAGCACAGAUACCUCAAGCUGGAGCUCGAUGUGAGACCAUGGAGCAGCUUCAGCACUUGAGGAGGGAGGCAGCGCUAGAGCGACCUAAGACAGCUCCAGAUAGAAGUCAGUCUCGACCAUCCCAAGCCGCUUCUCGAGAGCCGUACAGGCCCCGUAGAAACAGACAAGGCUCAGACAAGCAGUCAUCGUCUUGGGCUCAAAACAUAUUUUCCUUCUUGAACAAUCUGAUAACUGGUAUGGCUUCAAAGAAGCAAGAGAACGCGUCUGAGAAAGAUCUGGAGGACUUGAUAGUCCCAGCUCUUCAAAGUUUGUUACACGGUACUGCAGCAGACGGCAAGCAACAGGAUGUGCGAGAUCUGCUGUCAAACCUUGGUGAUCACGUUCAAUUUAUGGAGGACAAAGACAGUCGAACCACUUUGUGUCUACGACACACCUACGAGCUCCUUUACAACUUCGUUCACUCCCUGCCCUCCCCUCACGCUCUCCCUCCUCCCUCGGCUGAUGUCAAUGCCAACGAUGACCAUCACAGGCUCCCUCGCGUCAUGUCGUAUCGUCCCAAGUCGAGGCAGGUGCAUCAGAUCAAGACAGCGCUUGUCAACCUGUCCAGCUCCGCCGCUCUAGAGCCGGAUACCCUGCAAGAGCUCGACCGUGCGGGGUCAGAGUGGGUCCGCGUGCUGGACGAGCUGACAAGCAGCUGCGAGCUGCUUCGGCUGGAAGGACCCGACGCGCGCGGCCGAGAGCAGGGGCAGGGCGAUCAGCUUCUUGAUGUUGACGCGAGGUGCAUGCAAUGGGACGAUGCUUACGCGAGCAUGCGGGAGAUGGAGGACGAGAGCUGCGUACGCGUGCACAUGGAGGGCAUGAUCGGCCUUGUCAGGAGGAUAAGCGAGAAAGGCGUGAAGGCUCGCGUACAGGAGGAGGCGAGAAGGCAUGAGGCGCGAGCGAUGGAGCUGGUGAAGGAUGUCAAGGGAUGGCUGGAGACCAUCCAGGGCGACAUCAUCGAGGAUGGAGAUCGCAAGGAGGCGAAGGGCUCAUCAACUUCAGCUGCGACUGGAUCGCGAGGGUGCGGGAUCGUGUUGUAG